GGUUAGAUGAAAUGAAAAUACAUCGUUCAAUUGAGCAUCGAUGUUUUGAUGACGAAUGUUCAUUGAUGUCGAUCGAAAAUAAACUCUUCGACAAUAUUAAGAAAUUCAAUGGAUAUUCAGCAAAUCUCUGGCGAUUAUUAUCCAACACGCUCUAUGAUAAUAGCACAACAGAUUUAUCAUGUCAUGAUGAUGCCCUUGAUGAUACAGUUUCAUGUCUACAUGGUUUUUGUCAAGCAUCAGGUACAUCAGUGGACGCACCGACAAUGACUUCAUGUGCUAAGAGAAAAAAUGGAACAGAAUUAUCUGUUGGAAUACGCAUUACAUCAGAAAAAUUAACGAAUUUGUACCAUCCACAUACAAACAAUUAUGACACAAUGACCUAUACAUGUAACAGAAACAAGAAUAUUGCAUGUAAUAAUCCAUUCACAUAUGGUCUCAUUCAACAAAUUGUACGUUCACAAGCAUCGGAAUUAAUCAACCCAUAUGGAAACAUUCCAAUAACGACCACACCCUCAAUAGACACUACAACUUCGGUUAGCAGUACAACUUCGGUUAGCACGACAACUUCGGUUAGCACGACAACUUCAGUUGAUUCAUCGUUAAAACUUCGUCGUCAUUUAUUUAAUUAUAUUAUUAAAGCAAAUGAAACAGUAAUAUAUGAUAGAUGGAGGUACUUCAGAGUGGCUUUUGAUCAAGAAUUAGGAAUUGAUUUAGAAGACAGUAUACUUGAAGAAGUAAGUCUAAAGGAAAUAAUGAAAAAGCAAGCAGAAAUUGAAACACAGACCUCGUUAUCCAUCAGCCCAACUAGGGAAGAUUUUACUGACAAAUAUUUAUCAAGCCUCCCACCACUAUUCACAAUAAACCGUGUUGUACAUCUUCGUGGACGUCCAAAACGAACAAAGAAACAUACACAGUUUUAUAAGAAAAACCUUAGAGGCAAACCAACAGACAAAUUUAAAGCAAAAGGUCUUCAACAACGUCCACUGUCGACUAGAAUAGCUGAAAUUUUAAUGGACAAUAACGAUGAAUCAACAGGUUCCUCCACAACAUCAGCACAAGCAUCAAUAGAAACAACAACAAUAACAGAAUCAUUCAUAACCACAGCAACAACAGUAGCAGCAGAAUCAUUAAUAACAACAAUAAUAGGAGCAGUGACAACACCAAUAACCUCAACUGUAUCACACAAGUGUUCGCCCGCUGAUAACGACACUCUAACUGCUUCUCAGGAUUCAGUUACAAGUAAUUCAAGUAAUACAGUGAGUAGAUCUUUGGCAGUAGCUGUAUUAUCAACAAUGUCCUUCAUCCUCCCAUUACCAUCAUCAUCGUUCUUCACAAAUUCAGUUAUAAGUGUUGAUGAUUUACGUUCAACUACAAAUACAAACAUUGAUUCAUCACCAGCACGACAGCAUCAACUACCAGUGAUCAAUAAUAAUUCAAAUAGUAGAAAAGACGAAGAUAAAGAAAAUACUUGCAUGAUAGUGGAUACAAUAAUUAACGAAGCAUUGGAAUUCAAUCCACCAAAUAAAGAAUACGUAUUACAGGUACUUAACGAUACAAAAUUAAUAACAAGAGAUAAUACGGCAACUCUAACAUUGCCUACAUUUGGAUUAUAA